GUGGUGUAAGUAACUCGUAUUGUUAUAUUUCGACAGGGUUUUAGUAGUAUUUCAAACCAGUAAUAAAAUGGCAAGAGGUCGCAGAGGUCGUCCGCGUGGAACUGGUCGAGGUAGAUCACCAUCAAAAGAUGCACUGGCAGUUAAAUCGGUGGACCUUUUGAAGUCUGACAACACUGUACAGCAUUACACUUCUGAUUAUGAAGGCAGUGAACUUGUGGUACGCAGAGGCCAACCUUUUAAAUUGCUCAUAACGCUGUCAAGGGCAUUAAAGAAAGAAGAAGAAGUAGAAUUUGAAUUACGCAUGGGUGGUAGACCAAUGGUGGCUCAUGGAUCUCUUAUUCCUCUGAAAGUUAUUGAUCCAAAGCCAGAUGAAGAUGUUGUUGGAUUUAAAUUACUGGCAAACGCAGGUGAUAUACUGACUGUGGAAAUUUAUACUUCUGCUGAGAAUACUGGUGUUGGUAAAUGGCUGUUAGCUUUAAGAGCAAUGGAAGGAAGAAAGAAACUGCCACGAAUGACAGUGACGGACGACAUUAUUAUUGUUUUUAAUCCUUGGUCCAAAUUUGACCCUGUGUAUAUGGAAAACGAGGCAUGGAGAGACGAAUAUGUUCUUAAUGAAGAAGGAUUACAGUUCUAUGGUACCAGCAGAAGGCAUGGUAAAAUGGAAUGGGUUUUUGGACAGUUUGAAGCUCACUGUAUGAAGGCAGCAAUGAAGCUUCUGCUCAUGGGUUCACUAAGAUACAAAGACCACAAGGAGCCUGUUAUGGUGGCCAGACACAUGUCAGCGCUUGUGAACAGCAAUGAUGAUAAUGGUGUUCUGGUUGGAAACUGGUCAGGUGAUUAUUCAGGCGGUAGAAGCCCAUCUUUUUGGCAUGGUAGUACUGCCAUAUUAAAACAGUUUGUUAAAACUGGGAAGCCUGUGAACUAUGGACAAUGCUGGGUGUUUUCUGGCGUUCUUACAUCAGUUCUACGUUGUCUUGGUAUCCCAACACGCAGUCUGACCACGUUCGACUCUGCGCAUGACACUGGUGGUAACUUAACCAUUGACAAGCAUUAUAAUGAAACAGGAAAACCGCUCGAGAAUGAUGACUCUAUUUGGAAUUUUCAUGUUUGGAACGAUGUAUGGAUGGCAAGGCCUAUGCUGCCUGAGGGUAAUGGUGGUUGGCAAGCAUUAGAUGCAACUCCACAAGAAACAAGUGAUGGAAAAUUCCAAUGUGGGCCUAUGCCCGUCAGUGCCAUUAAAGAGGGUGAUAUCAACUUUGACUAUGAUGGGCCAUUCAUAUAUGCUGAAGUAAAUGCAGUGGAAAAACACUGGAGAAAAUUGAAGAAACCACAAGUUGUGGAUGGAAAAAUGAUAGAGUAUAGUGAAAUUGGGGCAAACACAACUAAAGUUGGAAAGCUGAUUCUUACCAAAGCUGUAAAUUCUUGGGCUGAAGAAGACAUCACUCACUCGUAUAAGUACCCAGAAGGUACUAAGGAAGAAGCAUUGUCGUUCAAGAAUGCUCGCAAACACGUCAAGUUUACAUACGUUCCAAAGAAAGAAGUGAAAAAUCUGGUCCUGUUUAAACCAGACGUUCCUGCUUCUGUUACUUUUGGAAAGGAUAUAACAUUUCCUAUUAAGGUGGAAAAUGUAUCAAAAUCCAGCCAGAAUGUAUUUAUUAGUGUUGUGGCCAAAUCUGUACAAUACAAUGGCUCAAUUGUGAAAGAGAUUUUGGAUGUUGAUUUAUCUGACGACAUUGCUGCUGGAAAAACUCACACUUUCAAUGUUUCUCUACCGUUCAAUACAUACAAAGAUAGCACUCGGGGUGAAAAUGACGUCAAAUUCUUCAUGCUGGGAGGAGUGACUGGAAACGAGGAUCAAGUAUUUUCGGAACAAGAUUUAGUCGACCUUGAGAAACCAGAUAUAACUGUAAAGGUUCCGGCUUCUGCCCAAGUGGGCAAACAGAUUAAUGUCAAAGCAUCAUUCACUAACCCUCUGUCUAUCUCCCUUACUGGGUGUAUGUUCACCUUUGAAGGAGCUGGUAUCAGAGAUGAGACAAUUGUGGAGGUUUCUGAUGUCAAACCAAAGGCAGUUUCUUCAGUUGAUGUGAAAAUAACACCAAGGGUAGUGGGAACAAGAAAAGUAAUUGUUGGUUUCUCGUCAAAGCAGCUCGAGGGCUUGCGUGGCAAUGCCGAGCUAAAAGUUGCUUAGGUGAGAAAGGAAAAUGGUAUCCACACAGAACUGUAUUUUCAUACAGCAUUUUAAAUAAACAAAUUUUUUUUUAGUUUUAAAUUUUUUUAAAAGCACGUUUUAUGCAAUAUUUCAUUCAGUUUUACUGAUGUGUUUAUUGAGAUUCCGUUAAACAAUCAUGCUAGUUUUAAAGUUUUUACUGCUUUUUUUGUCUUCAAGUGCGGUUACUAGCUAAAAAGCUAUGCACUCAAAAUCGUCCAGGGCCCGUUUUUGCAGUGGGCAUAAAAAAGUUUUUUUCGUAGCAUUUUUUUCACUAGAACAGUGUAUAUUUUUAACUUGUAUAGUUGUCUUAGAAGUAGUAACCUGUAUUGGGGAUGUAGAAAACCAUAAUCAGGCAUUGGUAUGUGAUUUCUUUAUAUUCAGUAAUAAACGCAUUGUACAGCA